UUUACUUUGCUGAUUGGCUGGGUUUGUAUUUUCAAAUGUGUUUUGCGAGAGCCAGAGAGCUUCCCUUUCCUGCUCCGUGCACAGGAUCAACGCUGGGCGACAAGGAUAUAUAGACCCCUUUGCCGCGCAGCAAACGAGUUGAAUCCCCUCGCUCAAGAAAGCACGUUCGGUUUGAUUUUUUUAGCUCUAUUGAUCCCACCCAGUUUUAUUAAGCAAAGGCAGAACCAUUUCGACGCAGAGGUGACUCGGAUAGAAAUUUACAAUAGGAUUCAUCAGCUUUAUCCGACCAAGUGACACAGAGCAGAUCUACAGGUGGUAUUUUUCUAACACACAAAUUGCAAGAUGUCAGCCCGAAGUGGAAAAAAGAAAAUGUCCAAGGUGUCACGCUCAUCCAGAGCAGGAAUUAUUUUUCCUGUUGGCAGAAUGAUGCGUUACUUGCGGAAAUCAACAUUCAAAUAUCGUAUUGGAAUGGGAGCACCUGUUUACCUGGCUGCAGUCAUAGAGUACCUGGCAGCUGAAAUUCUGGAACUGGCUGGAAAUGCAGCCAGGGAUAACAAAAAGAGUAGAAUUACUCCAAGGCACAUUCUGCUGGCAGUGGCAAAUGAUGAAGAACUAAACCAGUUAUUAAGGGGAGUAACAAUUGCGAGUGGUGGUGUGCUGCCUCGAAUUCAUCCUGAGCUCCUGGCAAAAAAACGUGGUGCCAGAAGUAAAGUGGAAACCAUUCUUUCUACGUCAUCAGAAAAGAAGGCAAAGAAAGCAAAACCAUCUCCAGUCAAAAAAGCUGCCAAGAAAGCAACUGUCAAAAAGGCUACAAAAUCCAAAUCGCCCAGAAAGGGUAAACGAACAGAAAGCAAGAAGGAAGGAGCAUCUAGUUCCACUUCAGAUGAUGUACCUGGUGAAGGUUUCACGAUUCUUUCAACAAAGAGCCUUUUACUGGGACAAAAGCUGUCAUUAACACAGACUGAAGUCAGUAACAUUGGUUCAGUUAAGGUUGAGUGCAUCAUUAACCCAACAAAUGCUGAAAUAGACCUUAAAGAGGAUGUUGGCAACGCAUUGGAAAAAGCAGGUGGAAAGGAGUUUUUAGAUGGUGUGAAAGAGCUCCGGAAAUCCAAUGGACCUUUGGAUGUAGCUGGGGCUGUUUUGGGUCAGGCUCCUGGACUGUCGGCCAAAUUCGUAAUUCACUGUAAUAUCCCACAAUGGGGAGUGGAUAAAUGUGAAGAGCAACUGGAAAAAACUGUGAUGAACUGCUUGACUUUGGCAGAUGAGAAGAAACUAAAAUCGAUUGCUUUCCCGUCCAUUGCCAGCAGCAGGACCAGCUCUCGAGCUUCAGGUCGGUCUCCAAACCAAUCAAGAAACUGUUUCCCAAAGCACAUUGCAGCGCAGCUCAUCAUCAAGGCCAUCUCCAAUUAUUUUGAUAAUGCAACAUCAUCAUCAUUGAAGAACAUCUUUUUUGUCUUAUUCGACAGUGAAAGUAUCGGCAUCUAUGUGCAGGAAAUGGCAAAGCUUGACAUAAAGUAAACUUUUUUUUUAAAUGACAAAUUUUAAACAGCAUUUUGUUCAGCAAUGUAGAAAAGUGUGCGUGUGAAUGUGUGUUCAAAAAUGGAAUGAGAAGGUGCAAAGUAUGCGUUCUGUUAUCACAAACAUGACCAGAUGUCUGAAGUGUAAACUUUUGAUUACAUUUUUAUAGCACUCCUCCCAAAUAGGGAAAAUGUUUUGAAAUCUACUUGUGGAAAAUCAGAAAACAACCUUGAUACUGUGCAUCUUUUACAUGUUUUUUUUUUGUGAUUUUACUAAAAUAUGGAAAGUUUAGAUUUUUAAGAAAAUUGUGACAUUUAACAGUCUAGUGGAAAAUAUAUCAUGCUGGAAAAAUGACUUCAUGUAAUUGUGGUUUUAAUUAUUCCUUUUAUUAAGCUAGUGUAUUGGUUUCACAUUCCAGUGUGUAAAGGAACAACAGAAAAUUGAAACAGCAAUAUGGCUGCAUAUGUUUCCUCCAAUACCAUUUGCUGUAGUUUCAUAGUGUGACAGCUUUUUAAAAAAAAAAAAUAAACUAUAAAAAAAAA